UCCCUAAAGGACGUGAUGCUGGACACUCGACAGCUCCUCGUCCUGCCUGCCAGCUGCCUGCAGAUGGGCGUUCUGCGCGGGGAGGGGACCGUCCCUGGCCAGGUCACUGCCGUGCAGGUGCCCUUGCCCACCCUGGCUCGCCCGGGCACCCGACACGCCCGCCAGGACCUCCGCAUGCUGCCGGCCAACUCGACGGGCACCCCCCAGGACCAGGCUCUGGCCAGCGGCAUUGUCCCGCAGGAGGCCGCGCAGACCCCCAUCUCGGCCAGCCCGGAGUCCUCGACGGCCGCGGGGUCUUCCUCGUCGUCGUCCUCGUCCCCCGCGCCACCACGUUUGAACCCGAGACUCGGUGGUGAACGUGCUUCUUAUCGGCGGAUGGUCGGAUGGUUGCUUGCAGGGCCGCUUCCCGACUCCCUGGGCGACAACAUCGUGUUCCCCACGGCGCAGGUGAAGCCCGACGUGCAAAUCAAGCCCGACGCGUCCGGACAGCCCAAGUACGCGCCCAUCCCCGGCCGCGUGUCGCCAUCCUGCGCCAAGGGGUCCACCUUCUGCACGGACGUCGACAACUACCCCGAGAUCUACCUGCAAAACAUGCUCCGGUCGGCAAAUUUAGGAUACCGAGAGUAUUUCGGGAAUGAUGUUAUUGCAGAAGGUAAUAUUACUCAACGAAUAGAUGCCAAUGAUGAGAAUCCACUCUGCCCGUACGAGGAGACAGUCGUGUAUCCCAAAGUAGCCAAAAAUAAGGAGGAUAAGUGGUUGUACGUUGUUAAUCAGGACCACUUUGUUCAAGGUGUUCGCAUAGAGACUUGCCUGAACACAGGAACAGCCUGUCAACUGGCAGAAAACUUUCCCUAUGGCUACACAACAAGUUGCAGGCAAAAAUACAUUUUAAGAAAAUUAGUAGCCCUGAACCCAGAAGGACAGACUCAGACAGACAUGUUCCGCCUUCCAUCAUGCUGUUCAUGCUAUGUUACAAGGGCUAAUGUGAGUAGUAGAAGGUCUAACAUGACACCAGCCAUCAAAAAGACAGGCGCCCGAAAACGUUGAAACUGCUUGACGUAAUUUUAAAAGACCUCUACUACUUAAAAAGAUGGAUGGAACCCAUGCUUUAGUGUUUAGCUUGUGUGUAUGUGAUGAGAGAAUGAUAGUAUAUGUGUUGUUGAACUCUUACUAUGUGUACAAAUGGAAACCUUUAAUUGUUCUUAAGCUUAGCCAGUAUGAUGCUGUGAUAAUCCUUUAUUUUUCUGUGAGUUGGCUAAGUUUGGUGUUCUGUAUUUUAAUUGCAAUCAGUGCUAAAGUCUGAUCCUACCUGAGAGGUGCCUUUUCUGUAACCAUGGAGAAAACUGCAUGGCAACUAAAUGAAGAAGUGUAUAAUGUAGAUCAUUUGAGUCCUCCACACAGAAUCGCUCGUAACAAACGAAUGUCCCAUCCCAGCCAAGGAAAGUGUGAUUCAUAUGAUGCUUUAUCAAUAUGUGAUGUUUGCAUAGUAUAUUUAACUUCAAAUUAUUGAUAUUUAUAUUUUGAAACACCUCAAGUGUACUCAGAGUGAUGUGCUUGAAUGAUAUUACUGGGGUGUUUUUCUUCUAGAGAUUCAUCUGGAAGUUAUUCAUCCAGGGCAGUUAGUGCUUGUUAUGUUGUUCUUGUUGCGUGCUUUACGAUUCAGUUAAUUAACAUUUAAUUAAAAUUUUCUUUAUUUUUAUUAAAAUGAAUAUAAGUUAAACGUGAAAUGUUUUGUCAUAAAAUUACUAAGCAGUGUAGAUAAAAUGUAGAUUUUAUUUCUGUAACGCUGAAAAGUUUUGCUUUUCUUUUGUUAGGUGGUACCCAAGUUAAAUGAGCAAAUGUUAUUAAUUUUACGUUUCCUUUGAGAAAUGGCUUAUUAGUAGGCAUCUCUAAUCAAUGCUUUCUUCACUCUAUCGUUCUGCACAUAGAUUGUAUCACUAAUUCUUUUUAUAUCAAUGGUUGUUUGCAUGUCAUAUUUACUCCCAUUUGUGGAAAGGGUUAGGGGACUGCCAUCCUAUUUGGGUUCAGGUGUUCCCACACCCUUUGGCUUGUCAGCCCUGAACUGUCGACAAUUUUCCCCUAUUUAACCGAAAAGAUUAGUUUUUUCUUAUUGCCAAAGUAUCUCUGUACUACUGACUUGAACUAUGCUUGCAACAGUUAUUUUGUGAGAAGCCCUAUUCUCUGGUUAAUUGUUGAAACUGAUCUCCACAAUCCAUAAAUUUUAUGAGGUAUUCUGGCUGGGAAUUUGCUUUAGUCUUUCCCAAGAGUUGGGACUUUUGGAAAUCACAUUUGUACGAUAUGCCUUGCUUUUCUUUUUGGGAGUAGGAAUCUUCAGCCAAACUUCAGAAGCAAAAGUAGAGGAAAACAAGAGUGAUAUUUCCAAACUGAAACCACACAACUUGCAUGCCUCUUUCUCAACCUAAGUAAAUUGUUAAAUUUUGCUUUGCUGACUACUGCAGUGGUCAAUUUUUUAACAGAAAAGGAAGUUGAAUUUGUGUAGUUCACAUGGACAAACUAUCAGAGAUGAGAUAAGCAAGUUUUGUGGUUUGACUAAAAUUAUUACACAGAGUGUAUUUCAUAGCUUCUAGUCCUUCUUGUUAUGUACAUACUUGUGUGUAAAGUACUUUUCAUGUCAUAAGACACUCUGUUUCUAUAAAUGUCACAAAAAAAUA